AUGGACAUGGAGACCCUCAAGACAAGCUACCCCAAGCUGUGCAGAGGGUUAGGUGAGGUACAACAAUCAUAUGCCAUCAAAUUUAAACCGGGGGCUGUGCCAUUUUCCUUGAAGACCCCCAGGAGGAUUCCACUACCACUGGUGGUGAAAAUCAAAGAAGAGCUCCAGCGCAUGGAAAGCCUGGGCGUCCUCAGCCGUGUGGAGGAGCCAACUGACUGGUGUGCUAGCUUGGUGGUUGUGCCCAAGAAAGACGGUAAAAGGAUACGUUUGUGUAUUGACCUGACUGGCUUGAGUGAGUAUGUGUGCCGUGAAAAGUACGUUCUGCUGUCAGCUGAACACAGUCUCGGAACACUUGCCGGAGUGAAAGUGUUCAGCAAACUGGAUGCCAACAUGGCGUUCUGGAUGGCAGACGUCACAGAGGGGCUAGAAGGAGUGGUCUGCCACAUCGAUGACCUACUGGUGUGGGGGCGGGACCAGGGAGAGCAUGAUGCUCGACUCCAUGCUGUGCUACAAAGACUGGAAAAAGCGGGCAUCAGCCUGAAUAUUGGGGCCCUGGAAAACCAUUUCUUGUUCAAACACCGCAGCCAUCCUAGCAGAAUGAGGCGAAGCGCCGAACACAUCACCAAGCGACUGUCGGAGGACGAUCGGGUGUCGUGGGCAGAGCAGCAGUAUGAGAAGCAACGCAACAAGCGAGCCUCCCUGGCGGGGUGCAGGGACUGUCCGGUCGACAAGCUGUUUGACGACCCCAUGUGGAACCAGCAGUGGUACUUGCAAGACACGCGGACCUCUUCCUCGUUGCCCAAGCUGGACCUACAUGUGAUCCCAGUGUGGAAGAAGGGCAUCACGGGGAAAGGAGUGGUCAUCACCGUCCUGGAUGAUGGACUGGAGUGGAACCACACCGACAUCUACCCCAACUACGAUGCUGCAGCCAGCUAUGAUUUCAAUGACAAUGACCCGGACCCUUUCCCCAGAUACGACUCCACCAAUGAGAACAAGCAUGGGACCAGGUGUGCUGGGGAGAUUGCAAUGCAGGCGGACAACAAGAAAUGUGGUGUUGGAGUGGCAUACAACUCCAAGGUUGGAGGGAUUCGCAUGUUGGAUGGGAUUGUAACCGAUGCCAUUGAGGCCAGCUCUAUUGGGUUUAAUCCAGACCAUGUGGACAUCUACAGUGCCAGCUGGGGCCCCAAUGAUGAUGGCAAGACAGUGGAAGGCCCGGGCCGCCUUGCCCAGAAGGCCUUUGAAUACGGCAUACAGAGGGGCCGUGGGGGGAAAGGCUCCAUCUUUGUGUGGGCAUCUGGUAAUGGUGGACGCCAGGGGGAUAACUGUGACUGUGAUGGCUACACAGACAGUAUCUACACCAUCUCCAUCAGCAGCGCCUCCCAGCAGGGUCUGUCCCCAUGGUAUGCUGAGAAGUGCUCCUCCACCUUGGCUACCGCUUACAGCAGUGGCGAUUACACUGAUCAGAGGAUCACUAGUGCUGAUCUCCACAAUGAGUGCACUGAGACUCACACUGGAACAUCCGCGUCUGCCCCACUGGCUGCUGGAAUAUUUGCUCUGGCGCUGGAGCAGAAUCCAGAGCUGACUUGGAGAGACCUGCAGCACAUUGUGGUGUGGACCUCGGAGUUUGAUCCACUGGCUAACAACCCAGGCUGGAAGAGGAAUGGGGCUGGACUGAUGGUCAAUAGCCGCUUUGGCUUCGGCCUCCUCAAUGCCAAAGCCCUGGUUGACUUGGCUGACCCGUCCACCUGGAAACACGUGCCAGAAAAGAAGCAGUGUAUCGUAAGGGAUGACUCUUUCCAGCCCAGAGCGCUGAAGGCAGCCGGGGAGAUCACGAUAGAGAUUCCAGCCAAAGCCUGCGCAGGGCAGGAGAACGCAGUCCACUCACUUGAGCAUGUGCAGGUGGAAGCCAGCAUUGAAUACACCAGGAGAGGGGAUCUACACAUCACACUCACUUCCCCGUCAGGGACCAGCACAGUGUUGUUGGCUGAGCGAGAGAGGGACACGUCUUCUAACGGCUUCAGAAACUGGGACUUUAUGUCUGUCCAUACCUGGGGAGAGGAACCUGCGGGUACAUGGACCCUAAAGAUCACUGAUACAUCUGGACGUAUGGAGAACGAAGGUCGCAUAUUGAGCUGGAAGUUGAUCCUGCACGGUACCUCAGAGAAGCCAGAGCACAUGAAGACACCAAGAGUGUACGUUCCCUACAACGCCGUGCAGAACGAUCGCCGUGGCGUGGAGCACAUGGACGAUAUGAUGGAGGAGCCUGCUCAGACCCAUUCGCCACAGCUGACCCAGACCGUGCAGGUCCCCCUAUCCACUAAGCCCCAGAUGAAGCCCCAAAAGCCUCUCGUUUCUCCAUACGGCCCCUCCUUGGCCCUUCUGCGCCUCCUUCAGACAGCUUUCAACAGGCAAACCCCAGCUACACAGUCUCACUUUCGAGCCAAGGCCGCCUCCUCAUCCUCCUCCUCAUCCUUGAGGAAGCAACACCUGCUAGACCACAGCCUGACUCCACCGACACAGCUCCCUCCCCAGAAGUUGUACCAGGCGCUGGACUGGCUCAAUAAGCACCGGGGCACAGAGGACAGUCUCUAUAGUGACUACAGUGAUGGCUUCUACAACACAAAGUCAUACAAGCACAGGGACGACCGGCUGCUGCAGGCGCUGUUCAACAUUAUAGCUGAUGAAAGUCAGUGA